AAAUUUAAAAGACUACUAGCUUUUAUCUUAUCUUCUAUUAAACAAAAAUAAGUGAUAUUUUCACAUAAAAAGAGGUAAAUUAGACUAACUAAAAGCUUAGGUGAAAAUAAAACAUCAACCAAAUUUUCAUAAUACUUAUAAAAAUCAAGUUCAAAAUAGCCACUUACAGAUUAAAGUAUAGUAAAAAUAUAAAUGUCUCGAAAUAACUUAAAGGUUCAAUUACAAUAGCUUUAAGAUAAAUAAACAAUGAUGUUAAAAAAUGAUAGUACUAUCAAAAGUGAACUUAUUAAAUCAAAUUAGAAGGAACUUUUAAUGAAGGGAUAGGCAAUUUAAAUUAAAAAUAAAGAGAAUAUGCAUUCUUAGCUAUACUUAUAAGCUUCAACAAAAGAGUCAAGUUAACUAUUAUAGAAAAAAAAUUCAUAGAAUGAGCAAACAAUUCAUUCUGAUAUUUUUAACACAAGCAACAAUAGCAAAAUUUAAGGAGUGCUAGCAUUAAAGUUCUCUAAUACCUAUACUCAGCCUUUGUAAGCAAGAGGAGAGAUUUAAUCAACUGUUUCUGAUGUUUACACUUUAGAGAGUAUUGAAACACUGAAUACGAACAGAUCAAACAAUAACUACAACUAAAAAAUAGUAAUUGGGGAAGACAACAAAAUUCACAGUUAGCAUAUUUCUCUAUAAAAUGAUAGAAAUUUAGUUUAGUAGAAUAGAAGAUAUUCAAUUAAUAGUAACAGCUCUUUUUAGCAGCACAAAUAACAAAACGAAUACAAGACCAUUUAAAAUAAGAUGUACAAUAACUAUGCAUUGAAAAUUGAGAGCUCAGAAGAAAGAAUUUUGAAUGCGUGCUAACUAAACUUUGAUGAUAGAUUGAGUUCUCAGUAAAAUGAAGAAUAAGACCCUUCAAUUUAUAAUUAUAAUGAUGCAAAUAAUGCUAAUACAAAAACAACUCAUAGAAAUUAAUCUUAAGAUUCUACUUUUAAUAAUAAUGCAUGCAAUAGAAAUAGCCCAUUUUAUUUUACUCAUAAUGCUAAAGAAAAUCUGAAUUUUCAUAAAAAAAAUCUAAAUUGUAAUCAAGAAAAUGCAUAGUCUAAUUUAUAAAAAGGAGAAUUUUUAUAAAAUGUUAUAACAAAAAAUGCUAAUGAUGAAUUAAAUUUGAAAAAGAAUACUCAGAAUCAACACUUAACAAACACUUUUUCAAAGUAAGAGGUCUGCAAUUCGAACUUUUUUAGUAUUGGUGAAAAUGAGGGAGAAAGGUAAAUAGUUAAGUCCACCAAAGGAAUUUAUCCAAAAGAAUAAAAAAAUAAUCAAUCUAAAACUGAAUUAAUUAACACUCUAAAUUUUAACACUGAAACAGAAGAUAAGAAAUUCUAAGAGAAUAUUUUUACGACCAACUCUGAUAUGCCAAGUAUCAUUCUUCAUAAAACUUUAAAAAGUGAAGCGAGUAAUAUUUUUGAGAGGGGAUUCACCUUAAACGAUUAACCUUCGUCUAAGAAUUAAAUGUCCUUUAUAAAUGAAGUGGAAGAUGAAAAUACCUAAAGAUCAAGAGGUACUAAUCAUAAAGCAUAUUAAAAUGGAAACGACGAAUUGAUCAAUUAAUUUAAUUCCUCUUAAAGAGUAUUAACUCUCAAUCCUAAUUAAGAUAUUCAUGAGAAUUAAAACACUUAAAAUAUUUAUAGUAACAUACCAUAAAAUAUUUAAAAUGAAGAUAGCAGCUCAUAACAUUUUUUCUACUAAACUAACUAGCAAUGUACCUUUCAAAAUAAUAUUUAUAAUACCCCAACUUUGAAAGGUAGAUUAACUGAAAAUACAAACAAUAGUUUAGAUUUUUAAGAAAAUAAGCAAGAGCCUUAGAUUAAUUAGUUUACUGUUUGUAAUAAUAACCCUUAGAAAAGUGAUGAAUACAUUUAAAAGGAACCAAAAAACUUUGAAUACCCUUCAAUGUUUGAUAGGAAUUCAAAAUUUUACCAUGAAUCAGAAGCAUCUGUAUGCAACGAAAUGCAAGAGAUAUACAGUGCUAAUAACGAUAAACCAUAGUUAAAAACUCUUAACAUUCCAAACAAGGUAAAUAAUCCUGCUUUGUUAUCCUCCCAUGCAACUGAAGAUAAUAAUUCUUUUUUGAAUUCCCACAGAAACCAAAUGCCAUCAAAAUUAGACAGUGAAAGUUUUUCAGGAAUAAAAAAUGAAUUUGCUUAGAUUGAAGCUUAACAAGAUAAUAGACAAUAAAUUAAAAAGCAAAAUAUGCAAGAAUAGGUUAAAAAUACACAGAAUAACAAAUAGGAAUAAUUUUUGCAACAAUAUGAAAAUAAAAGACCUCAUUUUUUAAGUCAAGAAAUAUAAAUUCCAAUAGUUUCCGACAAUUAUUUUAUGAAUAAAAAUAAUGAAUAUAAAGGAUAGUUAAAUAAUUUAACUAAGUAAAAUACCUUUUCUAAUGAUUGCUCUGAUGAAGAUUAAUUCACAAAGAACCUUAAUAGUCUUAUUAAUAAUAAUCAAGAAAAUGAACAUUUAAAAAACAAUGAAAAAUGUUAAAUUGUCAACUACCAACCCUAAAUGAAAAGAGAUUCAGAGGAAUAAACUUAAAGAUGCAUAUCUAAAAAUAACAUAAUUCAAAACAUUGAAUAAAAUAAUUAAGUUUUUGCUGAGUAUAAUUAAGAGAAAAUUAAAAAAAUGAACGAAGAAAUAAGAUAAAAAUUAAAAUAGAUUAAUCUUAACUAAACUACCUUAAAUUCAACUAUUUAAAUUUCAUAAACACCUACUACUUAAAGAGAGCAAGAGGAAAAAUUAUAUAAUUUUAUCAAUUCAGAAUAAUCUUAAUUAGCAGAUUAAACUUAAAGACAUAGAAAUCAGAGUUAAGUGAGCUUAAAUUAAUCAAUAAGUUAACAUCAAGGAUAACCUAAUUCGUAGCAAUUCCCUUAGAAUUAAGGUUAAAUACAACCUUCUUCUUCUUAAAAAAACAAAUAAGGUUAUUCUAUUCUUCCUAUUUCCUAUUAAAUAAAUCAAUCAUAAAUUUCAAAUGAAUAAAGUAAGAGUUAGUCCUUUUUAAAUUAAGAGAACCAAGAGAAAUGUUUUAAUACUACUUGUUCUAACAUUUUGUAAUAUCAAGAUAUUAACCCUAAUUUAAAUAAAUCGGACACUAGGGUUUAAGAAGAUUCAUCUUCAUAAUCUUCAAUUAUGGUUGAUCAUAAAAACAAGUAGCAGUAAAUUCAAAGCACUCAAUCAACUUUAUCAUCAGGUCUAAAUAAAAGAAGUAUGUCUAAUAGCCGUUAUGAAAAGUUUGAGUGUAAAGAAAAUACUAAUAGGACUACUCAAAAUCCUUCACCAAACCGUUUUGUUUAAUUAAAUUAAAGUAUAAUACCAGAAAAUAAAGAUGAUAAUAACAUUUAAAAAGAAUAAAAAUAGUAAAAAACUGUCAAGCAAAAUCCACCAUAGUUAGAUCCAAAUUUGUCUUAUGGUGAUGAUCUUUAAAUUAAUCCUCUUGAUGUUAUUUCUCCUUAAGAAAAAAUAGCUAACUGCAUUAGUUUUUAGACAGGGUAGUAAGAAGAUCCUCACAUGUAUCCUUCAUUUUAGCAACCUUCUUCUUAUUAUAACAAUUACCCUCUGUUUGCUAACCAUGAUACUGAAAUGGAAAUUUAGAAUAAUAAGAUUUUGGAAAAUAUUGAUAACACUUCAUCUGCAAAAAAUAGCUUUUAUUAAUAAAAAAGUGAGUAAUAAAAUCAUUAACUAUAAAAUGAUUUAUUUCAAGACAAAAAUAAUUAAAAAAUAUAAAACAAAAAUACAAUUAAAAAUGCUCAGCUAAAUGUGUCAAAAUAUUUAACAGCUGCUUAGGAAAACUUUUAAAAGAAUAAUAAAAUAAAUAUCAGCAAUUUGAACUAUACUAACGAUGCUAUACUUCCUCCUUCAUGCUCUUCUAAAAAUAGCACAGGGUCUAAUUAAAAUGCUAAUCACUAUAAUGCUUUCUCAUAUAAAUAAUUUAUAAUGAAUAUGAAGAAGAAUCUAGAUUCAAGUCUUAUAAAAGAAACCACUAAGAAAUAAAAGCAGAAUGACUCGUUUAUUAAGAAAGUGCAAACAAAUAAAAAACCUAUUGCAACAGGAAAUUUGUAAAAUGAUAAAAAUUCUUAAAAUAAAGAUUUUGAGAAACUCAACAAAUUAAUUGAUUAAUAAAUACAAAAAAAUGUGAUUAGACCACUUAUAAAGAGAUAAAGAGGUGAUAAAGAAAUUGUGUAAGAUUAAAAUAAUUGUAGGAGUAAAGCUUCUUUAUCUCAUCACACUCCAUCCACUCCUAAAUACAAUGUAAACAGCAUUCCAAAUUCAUAAAGACCUGUACCUAUAGAAAUACCUUCAAAUUUAGAUAUAAGCUUACAGCAUUACAUAUCUAACUAAUAUUCACAAAAGAAUUCUACUAUUUAAAGCAAUAAAUCUAAAAGUAAGAUUUCAGCAAAAAGUACAUCAGCAACUCCUAAGUAAAACAAAUAACCAGUCAAUAAUUAAUUCCAAGCUGGAAAGCCAUAGUUAAAAAAUACAAAUUUUAUAAUGAAUAAUAAUAUUUCAUUCAAUGGUACUCCAUCUACUUCAAAAAGUAAUAUUGAUAGAAAUCACUCUUUCUGUAUACCUAAAGAUAGAUCUCUAAGUAAUAAUAAAAGAGAUAGUUUAAAUAAUAAAAGAAAUACCUCUUCGAAAUCGCCAGUAUCUAGAGUAGCUUGUUUUUCUAAUGUAAAUACAAACUAAAAUUUAAUGAUUCAUGAAGAUAUUGGGUUUAACAAUGACAAUAUAUUAAAUUUUGGUCUUCAGACAGGAUUUUAUACAAAUAAAAAUUAAAAUUUGAUGAAAAGAGACCAAUCCCUAAGCUUUAUAAAGCACUCUUCUAAGAAGUGA